AUGGCGUUUAAGCAAGAUGCUCUUAGGCUUUUGGUGCUGUUUGUAGUCAGUUACUUUUGUGAGGCACAAGCUCCAGUAGGCUUUUGGCCCCAUGCACUGAUACCAAAUCAUCAGUUUAAGGACUUCUUGAAGCCUGUUCAGUACCCUAUGUACCUUCCACGGGCAUACCCUCAAACAGUGCAUUUGCUCCCAACACAGGAGCCAAUACCAGUGCCAAAUGUUGCAGCAGAUACCCAACCUGUUGUCCAGCCAAGCCCAAAGGUAAAGGAUAAUGAUACAAAGUUACCCUGGAAGUUUCCUACUGUGCAAGGAGAACCAAAACAUCCACUGGUGCACUCUGAGUUGCAAGAGCAGCCCAGAGCAGCCCAGAGCAUAGCAGUUAAAUGUGGUGAGAAUGCAGUGCAGGUAGAAGUGAAGAGAGACUUCUUUGGCACUGGCCAAUGGGUUGACCCAUCAUCUAUUACUUUGGGUGGCUGUGCUGUUACAGCAGAGGACCCUGCUGCAGGAGUGCUGGUCUUUCACUCAGCACUGCAGGGCUGUAAUAGUAUGACACGGCUGACUGAGGAUGCACUGGUGUAUACCUUUAGCCUUGUCUACAAACCUCUAACUAUAUCUGGGCUGCCCAUCAUUCGCAUGCGUGGUGCUGCUGUUGGUAUUGAAUGUCACUAUGUUAGGAAACAUAAUGUGAGCAGCAAUGCACUGCAACCAACUUGGAUGCCUUAUGCAUCUACUGAAGUGGCAGAGGACUUCCUGGUCUUCUCUUUGAGACUCAUGACUGAUGACUGGAAGUUUGAGAGGCCUUCCAAUGUAUACUUCCUGGGAGAGGUCAUGAAUAUUGAGGCAUCUGUGACCCAGUUCCACCAUGUACCACUUCGUGUGUUUGUGGACAACUGUGUGGCAUCAGCAAGUCAUAACAUGAAAGCAGAUCCUAGAUAUUCCUUCAUUGAAAAUCAUGGGUGCUUUAUUGAUGGAAAGAUUGCCAACUCCAGCUUCUUACCCAGGUUGCAUGAUGGUGAACUGCAGUUUCACUUGGAGACAUUCCAGUUCCAACAAGACACUGGUUCUGUCUACAUCACAUGUAUGCUGAAGGCAACUCCAGUUUCAUCCCCAACAGAUGUAGAGCAUAAGGCCUGUUCCUUCGUCACCAAUGGCUGGCUUCCUGCAGAUGACAACCAAGUAUGCAAUUGCUGCAACACAAAAUGUGAAUACAGGUUUGGUAGAGACCUGGCAAAAGUCCAAGGUCUGCAGUGGGAAGCUGAAGCCACUAUUGGCCCUAUUGUUGUUCUGGAAAAAUGA